CGACGGCCGUCUCUCCGGGUGAAGCCAGUCCUCCUCACCGCAGCCCAGUCCGAGCACGUAAACACACAGCCGGGAGACUCUUCCUUUUGUCGACCAAAGUGGUUCUGAUUUGCAUAUCCACUUCCACUCCUUCCUCAUUUGCAUACAGCAAGAAUGGCGAGCGGGCAUCCCACAGAAAAAUUCAGUUUCAUGUAUCAACCAGACACGCACAAGAGUAAGAACAGGUUAGCUUCAGCCAUGAAUCCAGUCUACAGUCCUGUUCAGCCUGGCACCCCAUACGGAAAUCCCAAGAACAUGGCCUUUGCAGGCUAUCCAGGAGGUUAUCCUGCCACGGCUCCUACCUAUACACCCAACCUUUAUCAAACAGGCAGUCCUGGAUAUCCACCAGGAUAUACUGCAGCGGGAACCCCGUACAAAGUGCCCCCCACUCAGUCAAAUGGAGCCCCUCCUCCCUACACCCCCAGCCCCUCCCCAUACCAGACAGCUAUGUACCCCAUCCGCAGUGCCUACCCUCAGCAGAACAUUUAUGCACAGGGAGCAUACUAUACCCAACCGGUGUAUGCGGCUCAGCCACAUGUGAUCCAUCACACCACUGUGGUGCAGCCCAACAGCAUCCCCUCCACAGCCCUCUAUCCUGCCCCCGUCCCCGUUCCUGCCCCGCGCAACAACGGCAUGGCUGCCAUGGGGAUGGUAGCCGGGACAACCAUGGCCAUGAGUGCAGGGACUCUGUUGACAACGCCCCAGCACCCUCCAAUUGGAGCACACCCGGUUACUGUGCCAACCUACAGGCCCCAAGGGACACCUGGUUACAGCUACGUACCGCCCCACUGGUAGAGCUCACCCAUCACAUCUGGAGUCCACCAUCGUAUGCAACUGCUUAAAUCUUACAUGUGCUCCCAGCGGUAACCAUGGGAACUCGGCACCUGUCUGCAAGAACAAAAACUAAAGUGCAACCGCCACUUUACUAUUAUUAUUAUUAUGCGACAUUCUCUAAUGUUUUUACAAAAGCUGCUUUUUUUUUCUGUUCAUAUGCCAACCAGUCAUUACCUUAUUUUGUAUGGUUGUUGUGAUUUCCCUCACUUACUUCUGCUGUGGGUGUCAUUGGAACUCCAAAAGGACUCUUGACCAGUCACAGAUGUCUGAUUUCUCCUGUUUCUGUGUUGUGUUGGUGUGUUUGGUCCUGCCUGCUGCUGUGCUCAGUUGGCGGAAAAUAUCAGGCACUUACUCUUCAUCAUCAUCUCCAUCAGUGUCUACAAAGACUAUUGACUAAUGCUGCCAAAUUUUCUAACGACUAGAUAUCAGCACAGGGUUUUAACACAUUAGGAUUAUUUUUUGGGUUAUUUUUACCUCACUCUGCUGAAUUACUUCAUCUUUUCCUGCUUUGCCUGCCUUUUGUUCUUCCUUCUUUUUCAUCAUUUUCUGCGUGAUUUUUUUUUUUUUUUUUCCUUUUCAUUUCAGUUUGAUCUCAGUCGUCUUCCAGCGUGUAGCUGUCUGUCCGACAGUCAGUCCGUCAUCCCUCUUGUCACGUCUUUACGUGAGUGCGAGUCAGUGCUAUGAGCACUUACUGGCCGCCUCCCUUUGUGCUGUGUCUUAACGUUGUCUACAUUAGUGUCGUACCUAGUACACACUUGAGAAAGGAAUCACCUACUUCAUGCUACAUACUAUGCAGCCUGGUAUAUUGUGACACUAUCAAAAUCUGAAUCUAGUUAGAACCAUUUCAUGGUUCCUUGGGUCAUGUCAGCAAUUUCUUUUUUUUUUUUUUUUUUUUUUAUGGGGUCAGUGUAGGUCAGUACAUUUAGAAACUGUAAAAAUGUUAAUACUAAAAGUGUCAACAGCACAGGUGGUCGAACACAUACACACACACACACAAACACACAGGGGCUCCUGUGGCGCAUCAAAAAACACCAUCACUUAGUGGCACUUAUUGUACAGUACCUCCAGUUGCAACGUUAACACAUUAACACACACUUGCAGACACGUGCAAGGAUAUCCGGGGGUGUGCAUGGCAGACACGGCCUGCAGAGGAGUUUAAAGGGAUUGCGUUGGCACGAAGAGAAGAGCAGGGAGAGCAGACGGUAAGGAAAGAGGAGGAGGCAACAUGCUCACAGGCUGUCAUUUCAUUUCAAGGUACAAGACAUUUGAGUUUGUGACAUUUUACCUGCAAGGGACUGCACAAACAGCUAUUUUUGCACUGUAUUGUACAUUGACAUUUUAGUUUCUUUAUUUGCUGUGAUCAUAUAAUCUCCUCCUCCUUCCUUUUAUCCCGGCGAGGACUAAUGGCUAAACUCACAACUAAUGAGACAGUCAGGCCAAUGAGGUUUCAGUUCAUAACAAAAAUUAGCAAAAGAAUGUGCUGAUAGAUUGGAUUCUGUGUUUUUGCCUACAGCUGACCGAUGGAGGAGCAAUUUCAUCACAAUAUCUGGUCUUUGAUGGAGUAACACUAAUAAUACAUCGUAACUUGGAUUUACAUCAGCAUUAUGAUACUGUUGUGAUUGUGCCAGAGUAAAUUAACAAGGCUGUACUUCGCUAAUGUAAUGAUCUAGGUGUUCAUUAAAAAAAAUGCCUUUUUGCAAUAGAUUUGUAUGUUGAGACAUAUUGGACUUUAAAGCAUGAUGACCAAUCUUAAUCCAAAUGCUUGUUUAUUGGUCCUCGCCUGGAGAAGAUUUUGGUGUCAGGCGACAGAAGCGGUGGUGGGACUUAUUACUCAAUUGAGGCCUGUGGCGUUUUUCAGUAGUUAUUAAAAAAAAGAAAAGAAAAAAAAAUGACAAGACUCGCAUCACAAGCUUGUGACCUGUAGAGUACAGAUUGGUAUUUCAAAAAGCAUCUUCUGCACGGGUAUGUGGGUGAAGUGGUUUGAUUAUUGCAAUAAAAUAUGAGGGAGCACCUCUAGCUGUUAACAUACAGUAAUUAUUUUAUCAGCCUUUGGAAUUGAUUUUUAAAAUGCUUAUUGUUGCAAUCUCUAAACAUGGAUUCAAGACUGCUUAUUCAGUCUCCAUCCAAUAAUAACUGCUAAGAAGGGUAUAACAUAUCAAAUGUUUGAGUAUGGAAUAACAUUGUGAGGAAAUAUUGUACAACAUAAGAUUUAAAAAAGAAAAAAAAACUUGACUAUACUAUAAUUUAAUGCUAAGUGACAGGUACUUAGGCUUUGUAGUGCAAGAUGGAAGAAGAAGCAAUUUAUAUCAUAAUUAAAAUAAAACAAUAAGGUCGAGUGUUUGAGGUAUUCUUAGUCCAAAUGUUUGUACACUUGUAGGUUAAUUAUCAAGAAGAUAUUGCAUCCAGCCGUUGUCGGAGGAAACCACAUAUACGAGUCCUGGUUCUUAUAACAAAAAAAAUGCUCGUUUUGUUCAUAUAAAUUCCAAAUGAGAGCUCAAGAGCCAUUAAAAGUGCCCACCUUGUAAGGAUCUUGUAUAUUUUAAAUUAAUGCCAGUUAAAACGGGAGGGGAAAAAAAUCAAACUGGAUUUUCUAGCGACAGCAGUAAUGUUACUCUACGUUAGCAUUAUUUAAUCAACUACAACAUCUGUCAGUAUUUUUCAAUUCAAUUGUUCGGUUUUCUCCCUUCCUCUGGGUCAGUUGAGCAUCUUGGGUAUGCAUAAUAUUCAGGUGUAUUUCACUAUAGCAUUGGAUUUCUAAGUUUGAAAAACAUGCAGUAUAUUUAUAAAGCAAGUGGUACAGUAAUGUAUUUCUAGCUAAGCAUGGUUGCAUCAGUGUGGCAGCUACUGUUUGUGCUUUUAAUAUUUCUUUUAUUUUUCCCUAAACUUCUGCAUCUCUGUCCUCUACAUAUCUGUCACAACGAGGGGAGAAGUUAACAAACUCUGUAAAUAAUUUCAGAACAUGUGGAUUUCGCCACCAAAUUCCCCUGGUUUUAUGAUCGUUGCGUGAAUUUACAGAUGUGGAGGGAAGUAGAGGAUGGAUGACAGAACUGAAACGGAUGAUUUAUUUUCAUUGAAUGAGAGAGGCUGCCGCAAAGCCUCUGAAAACCAACUUUCCUGUCCAUUUCGGGGGCACAAAGAUGUCUUGAAUGGCGUCUCGGAAAAAACCUCCACUUCCAUCCCCCUUUAUUCUGUGCCAUAUUUCACCAAUUGUUGUUCAGUAAAUAUUAGUUUCCUCUCCUAAAAAAACUGGUGAGCUUUGAGUCCUUGUUAAUGUCUAACUUCCUGUGAAUCUGUGUUUUCCUGUUGCUGUCCUUUUUCUCACGUCGUUGACGCAUAUUACCUGUUUGACUUGUAUCUUACUAUAUCUUGUGUUUUUAUCCCGUUUUUAACUUUAUGCCAUUUUGCAUCCCUUCAAACAUUUUGUUUUGUAACUUUUGGGGAUGCAAAAUGAUGUCACAUCAUCUGUCCUCCUUCCUCCACUUUUUAACUUAUUUUAGCGUUCUUUUCUUAUAACUUCUUGUUUUUGGCUUUUUCUGCUAUCGUUCUGAUCUUUGCUACCCUCGCCACCCCAUCUGAACAGCAGUCAUGUUGAAAAACAUUGUGUACAUUAAAUUUGUUAUUGAUGGUGGUAAUCUACUGCAGUUUAUGACCUUUCUGAUAAACCACUGACCCUUUUUAAGGUGUCGCCGGUGACCAGGUCUGGAAGCGGCAUCACUACAGUUUAUGGCUUUGAGCCUAAAUGAUUAAUAAAACAAUCUUCAGUGUCUUCUACAUUUAGGAAUUGGAUAAUACAUUUUGAGCACUGAGAUAAUUUGGUGGACCAUAAGCUUUUUUUUUUUGUUUUGUUUUUUUAAAUGGCUUUUAUUUCUAGGGCAUUUUCAGAAAUGCCUUUUUUACACAACAGGACUCCAGAGGAGGUCUUACUUGUACUUGCAGGAGGAGUUAACUGGGCUGUGGACCAAUGCUCUUAAACUGUAGUUCAGUUUUGAUACGGACGCUCAGUAGAGAGGCAGACCCACCUAAAAUGUGGAAGAUUUGAAAGCAAGCACCAGUCCCCAAGAGCAGGACUGUUUUUCAGGAUGGUGGAAGCGCCUCUUCAUUUCACUCCAUUCCUUGCCUCAUUUGUUUCAAUUUGCACUUAAUUGAAAGUUGAACACUUUUGUGUUCAGAGAGGGGGAGGUUGGAGUGCAAAGUUGUCUUAAUCAAGAAACUUGUAUAAUCUUGCUUAUUCAUCAACCUGUCCUUCACAACAUUUCCAAACCUUGAAAGGUGAUAACUUUAAUGAGGACUGGUUGAUCCUUUCCUAAUUUUUUUUUUUUUUUUCGAAUUUCAGUCUUGAACCUGUUCACUCUGACGGUGGAACCAGGAGCAUUCAUUACACCCCCUCCUCAUUUUCCAUUUGCCCUUUACCCUCCAUAUCCCUAUUAACACCCUUUCCCUUUUUUUAUUUUUUUUAUUUUGCCUUGCAGUUGCUCAGUCUUAGUUUUUCAUGAGUAAAAAUUAAAACACUACUAUUGUGAUGAAUAGUAGGCUCUUAAAUGUCUUUGAUGUUCUGCUGCAGCUUUUUAAUUUCAACUUGUCAGAGAUAUUUUUUAGUUUGAUUUGACACUAAAUGUGAUGCAAAAAGUGGAAAUUCCUCGUCUUCCAAAAAAAAAAAAACAUACUCGUCUCCCCCCCAGAUCGAGUAUUAGGAAACAUCCCCAUCUUUGGAAGUUUUUAGUUUGGUACCCAGUUUGCACAUGCUAUGGUAUAUCUGUUACCGUAAGGUUGUGUUUGAAACUGAAGCCCAACGUCUGUUCAACGUUGAGAGAAGUGAAUUGUAUGUUAGCUAUUUGGUCCGGAGUGAAGGACCUGCAUCAGGCUUGUGAUAUGAAGUGUAAAUCUGUUUUCUUUUUUUUUCUCUUUUUUUAUGUUUUUUUUUUUGUUGUUGUUGAGUUAUUAUUAUAAUUUUUUUAAGAUCAGUUAGUGAUCUUAGUACUAUAACUAAGCCAAGUUUGUAAUUGUAUAUUUACUGUAAAAUGUAGAACAUUGAAUAACUAUUAAAAUUUUCCUAUAAAAGGA